GGAUAAAAAAGAGUCUAUCCGAAGAAGAGUUACUCCACCAUGGCUCUUUCAAUCUUAUACCUUUAUUAUGCAUUUAAUUACUAUCGUCGUUUAUGAUUUAUGUGUUAUGUUCGAUCUCUUUAAAUAACACAAUCAUAGUUUAUUCCUGAAAAAUGAGCAGAUUUUUUGUUGUAUGUUUUGGAUUAAUGAUAUAUUUUUUUGCUCAUGUUAAAGGCGACGAACAUGAUUACAAGUAUGAAGAUGAUGAAGAAGUAAUUGUCUGGAUGAAUACAAUUGGGCCCUAUCAUAAUAGACAAGAAACAUAUGAAUAUUAUUCUCUCCCAUUUUGUAAGGGAACUAAAACAACUAUUAGUCACUAUCAUGAAACACUUGGAGAAGCAUUGCAAGGAGUUGAGCUUGAAUUCAGUGGACUUGAUGUAAAAUUUAAAAAUGAUGUUAUGCUUUCAAAGUUUUGCAGUGUAAAACUUAGUGAAUCAGACUAUCGUGCUUUUGAAUAUGCACUUCGCAAUCGCUAUUGGUAUCAAAUGUACAUAGAUGAUUUACCAGUUUGGGGUAUCUUGGGAGAAACUGGAGAAAAUCCUGAGGAACUUUUUAUUUGGACUCAUAAAAAGUUUGAUUUUGGUUACAACAAAAAUCAAAUUGUUGAAGUAAAUGUAACAAGCGAAAACAAGGUCCCUUUAAAGAAAGGAAUGGAACUCUCUUUUUCAUAUGAGGUACAUUGGCAUAAAUCUGAUAUAAGUUUUGAAGAUAGAUAUAAAAAGUAUUUGGAUCCAGGAUUUUUUCAACACAGAAUACACUGGUUUUCCAUUUUCAAUUCUUUUAUGAUGGUUAUUUUUUUGGUUGGUUUGGUCAGCAUGAUAUUAAUGCGUACUUUAAGAAAAGAUUAUGCUCGAUACAGCAAGGAAGAUGAUCUUGAUGAUAUGGAGCGUGAUUUGGGAGAUGAAUAUGGUUGGAAACAAGUACAUGGUGAUGUAUUUCGAGCUCCUGUAUUGCCUUCUUUAUUAUCUGCACUAAUUGGUACUGGUUAUCAUCUUGCUACUGUAACUAUUGUUGUCACAGUUUUUGUUAUCAUGGGAGAUUUAUAUACUGGUCGUGGAUCUAUAAUGACAACAAUCAUAUUUGUUUAUGCUGCUACUAGUCCAAUUAAUGGAUUUUUUGGAGGAGCUCUUUAUUCCAAAUUAGGUGGAAAAAAAUGGAUACGUCAGAUGUUUAUUGGAGCAUUCCUUCUUCCAGCAGUUGUUUGCUCUGCAACACUUAUGAUUAAUUUUGUUGCUAUUUAUUAUGGUGCAUCAAGGGCUAUACCUUUUGGAACUAUGGUAGCUAUUACAGCAAUUGUACUAUUUGUUAUUUUGCCACUUACUUUAGUUGGAACUGUUCUUGGUAGAAAUAUACAUGGUCAACCAAAUUAUCCAUGUCGUGUAAAUCCAGUUGUUCGUCCUAUCCCAGAGAAAAAAUGGUUUAUGGAACCUGGGGUUAUUAUAUUUUUAGGAGGAAUUCUUCCAUUUGGUUCUAUAUUUAUUGAAAUGUAUUUUAUAUUCACCUCUUUUUGGGCAUACAAAAUUUACUAUGUCUAUGGUUUUAUGUUAUUGGUCUUUUUUAUCUUGGCCAUUGUUACAGUAUGUGUCACAAUUGUAUGUUCUUAUUUUCUCCUUAAUGCUGAAGAUUAUAGAUGGCAAUGGACAAGCUUCUUAUCCGCUGCUUCAACAGCUCUUUAUGUUUAUUUUUAUUCGUUCUAUUAUUUCUUUUUCAAAACCAAAAUGUAUGGUUUCUUUCAAAUAGUCUUUUAUUUUGGUUAUAUGGGAUUGUUUAGUAUUGCCUUAGGUGUUAUGUGUGGUACAUUUGGAUAUGUCGGUACACGUUAUUUUGUAACCAAGAUCUAUUCCACCGUUAAAAUAGACUAAUUUAUUCCACCGUAUUUAUAUAGUCUUUGCAAAAUAAAGUUCUCAUCGAAAGAUUUUUACGUGUAAAAUUUGCUAGAACUUAAAAAGACUGGUGUAGAGUCUAAUAUAUUUUUGUAUAAUCCAAAUAGUCCAAACAGUACUGUUUAAUGUUUUAGUUUGAUGCCCUUAAGCUGAUUCAAAAUUAGAACAUAAAGGGUGUAUGUAUAAAAAGUUGGGAUUGGUGUCAAGUUAUUUAUAAGUUUUCAUUGUGUUCUAAAUUUUAUUUUGUAAUUUUAAUGUUAAAUAUGUGGCUAAUAUUUCUGUA